CUAACCUCAACUGUCAACCAGAAAGCCACCUGUUUUAUACCUAACCCUCAACAUGUCUUCAGACUUUGAAGCCUACGAGCUGGACUUUGGAACCAUCACAGCAGAAUUAACUAACAAAAUUGGCAGAAUCCCAAAACUAAGUGGAGAGGAUAAGACGCAGCUGGUUCUAAAUGUCGACAAACAGCUUGAAGAAGUCAGAGAGUUGCUGGAGCAGAUGGACCUGGAGGUGCGGGAGAUCCCCAUCCAGAGCCGAGCCAUGUUCAACAGCAGACUGAAGAGCUACAAGCAGGAGAUAGAGAAGCUUGAGAAAGACUUUAAAAGGUCACGUAUCGCCUACAGUGACGAGGUGCGCAACGAGCUCCUGGGGGAUGACGCCAGCACCUCGGAGAACCAGUUGAUAAAGUUACGUGAAGAGAGAGCGCAUCUGUUGGACAACACAGAGAAGCUGGAAAGGUCAUCCCGGAGACUGGAGGCCGGCUACCAGAUAGCAGUAGAAACCGAACAAGUGGGUCAGGAGAUUCUUUCCAACCUGAACAGUGACCGUGAGAAGAUCCAAAGAGCCAGAGAAAGGCUGAGGGAAACGGACGCCAACCUGGGCAAGAGUUCUCGCAUCCUUACUGGCAUGCUGAGAAGGAUCAUCCAGAACCGGGCCCUGGUCUUCAUCCUCGGAGCCAUCAUCCUUCUCACCAUCAUCCUGGCCAUCUAUUUCAAUCUGCGAGGCCACUGAUCGCCCCUCUGCACACACACACACACACACACACACACACACUCCCCUGACACAAAUACAAACACACACACGCGUGAUUAAUAGCGACAAAAGCGUUGCUCUGCUGUAAUUAGGACAAAUGGUCCCCAUGAAUCACUGUUUCCAAUGUCUGACAGGGAGCUUUUUUUCUCCUUUCCUGUUUGCUUUUCUUUCUCCCUCUGCCUUCAUUUUCCACUUUGCUUUCUCUUUCUUUCUUUUCUCCUCUGUGUUGUUCUCUCUCUCUCUCCGUCGGGCUCUCUCGUACAUCUCCGGGGACACGAAUAGGGGGAGAUGUUUUUACGGUAGUUAAUAUUUUUCAGAGCGUCGUCCUCGGCCAGGUAAACAAGGCCGUGUUAUUGUUUUCUGUAACUCAAAAGCGGAACAGAUAUGUAGAUUAUUUUUUUCUCGUGACGGAGGCGGGUCAAGUGUUAUUCCGAAUGUGUGUGUGUGUGUGUGUGUGUGGAGAAAGACAGCGCACACUUCUGUAUGUUUGCAUGUGCAUGACUGACGCGGAUCGGGGGGGCCCGCUCCGUGUUUGUUAUUAACACCAACGCGCUGUAAUAUGUAUGAGCUCCUGUAACUAAAUGAUUCAGCUCUUCUUCUUCACGUAGCGCCGACAAAGCACAAAGGCGAGCGCCUCCAGACGAGCGGCGCGGCCUCCAAAAGAGAGAUCGCACGAAGAAAAAAAAAAAGGUCGAGGUCAGUUCAGCUUCAGUUCCGUCAAUUAAGGGGAACGCAGUGUCUCUUUUACAAUUACCGCAUUUAAUAAAGGAUUUAUGACGAUUUCAAGAAGGUUUUGUGAUUGAGAAAAUUAAAUAAAAAUCUCUUUUAAUUUGUUUUUAACUGACCUCAACACCUAAAUACAGAGAAAGUUGUCCUCACACAUAAUAAGUAGAUUUAUAUUUACAUUUAUAUAUGUACAUUCAUCGCUCAACAGACUUCCUGAAGACUUUUCGUGUAUCUAACGUUGCGUAACGUUCCACAUGCUGUAUGUACUAACCUUCAAAUCUCCAUCAGUGAUGGUGCGUUGCUCUCAAUACAAGUGAUUCUCUGACUAUUUAUUUAUGAAUGCAUUUAACGUUUCCACGUGAGAACUGUACAUUUUAUUCACUUAAAAGGUAUUCAGACUUUCCUCUCACCACGUUUUCUUCUCGUUUUUUGGGCGUUCAGUAAUGAGACGAUGAGCUGCACACCAGGACCAACUGAAAUGUUUUGUGUCUUAAAGGUUUUUCUUCUUCUCUUCUUCUCCUGUUCUUUAUAAAUGGAUCAAACCUG